AAACAAGAUGAACAGAAUCUUUGGAACUAAAAGCACGGCUCCCAAACCUACGUUGAAUGAUGCAGUCAGAAACAUUGACGAAAGGGUAGGGUCCUUUGAUGUGAAAUUAUCCAAAAUAAAUGCGGAAUUAUCAACAUAUCAACAAAAGAUAGCAAGAAUGAGAGACGGACCAGGGAAAUCGGCCUUGAAACAAAAGGCAUUGAAGUUAUUGAAACAAAGAAAGCAAAUAGAGGCCCAAAAGGAUCAAUUGGAAAACCAAUCGUGGAAUAUGACUCAGGCAUCAAUGACUACUGAUAAUUUACAAAAUACAAUGAUCACUAUUGAUGCAAUGAAAACUGCCAAUAAACAACUUAAAAAGACUUAUGGGAAGAUUGAUAUUGAUAAGAUUGAGUCUCUUCAGGAAGAAAUGCUUGAUCUAAUUGAUAAAUCCAAUGAGCUCCAAGAAUCCUUACUGAUGAGUAACGAUAUGCCAGAUGAUAUCAGUGAAUCUGAACUUGAUGCUGAAUUAGAUGCAUUGGGAGAAGAAAUGGAUUUUGAAAGUGAAAUGUCUGAAAGUGGGUUAGGAAUGCCAAGCUACUUAAAUUCCACGGAACCAAUAGGCAGUGACAGUUUACCUACGUUUAUAGAUGAGUCAGAAGCACCAGCUAAAGUUGCAAAUUAGAAUUGAUGGGAGCGAGUCUUCUAUAAUAUGUACGAAUCCUAAAGAAAUUAAUAAUGGUAAAAUAAUAACACUUGUAAGCAAAUACAAUAUGUUAAGAAUAUUAAUAGCAACAAAUUUCUUACAAAUUAUAACUCUUUUUGUGGUCAUAAUGACUUAAUAGUAUAUACAUAU